GGGCUUCCGUACCGCCGCUUCAACCGCUGUCAGGACCAGGCAGACACUCCCCGGCCACGCUAUGUUAUCGCGAUCUCCGCGUGUUUACCGGACGCUGUGCCGCUCCCUGUCAGCGGCUCGUCAGCUCAGUGAUGUGCUGGUCCGACAGAAAACAUCAGGCCACACCAUCUGCAGCCAGAUCGUUUACAGGAAACCUCAGCCAUGUGAUUUUCCAUCAUCAGCCAAUAUCUACCAAAUAAGAUACUUUAAGACAUCUGCUCAUCACAGGGAUGAAGUGGUCACAGUCAAAACUCCUGCAUUUGCAGAAUCAGUUACAGAGGGGGAUGUGAGGUGGGAGAAAGCUGUGGGCGACUCCGUGUCAGAGGAUGAAGUGGUUUGCGAAAUCGAGACUGACAAGACCUCUGUGCAAGUCCCCGCUCCUGCAGCCGGUGUCAUCGAGGAGUUACUGGUGCCUGACGGAGGGAAGGUAGAAGGAGGAACGCCUCUCUUUAAACUCCGGAAAGGAGCUGUUGCUGCCAAAGCUGCCCCCUCCCAAGCUACAGAUGCACCACCUCCAGCAGCCGAAACCUCUCCUCCACCUGCAGCCCCAGCUGCCACUCCUCCAGCACCACCACCACAGCCCGCCCAACCCAAGCCUGUUUCUGCUGUCAAACCCACUGUUGCAGCUCCAGCCCCCACAGCAGCUCCUGCAGCUCCAGGAGUGAGAGGAGAAAGCAGGGUGAAGAUGAACCGCAUGAGGCUGAGGAUCGCUCAGAGGCUGAAGGAGGCUCAGAACACCUGCGCCAUGCUGACUACCUUCAAUGAGGUAGACAUGAGCAACAUUCACGAGCUGAGAAAACUCCACAAGGACGCCUUCUUAAAGAAGCACGACACCAAACUGGGUUUUAUGUCGGCGUUUGUUAAGGCUGCUGCACACGCUCUGAUCGACCAACCAGCCGUCAACGCUGUUAUUGAUGACACAACCAAAGAGAUCGUCUACAGAGAUUAUGUAGAUAUUAGCGUUGCCGUGGCCACUCCAAAGGGGCUUGUUGUACCUGUGAUCCGGAAUGUUGAGACCAUGAACUUCGCUGACAUUGAGAAAGCCAUUAAUGCUCUGGGAGAAAAGGCUCGUAAAAACGAGCUCGCUGUCGAGGAUAUGGACGGAGGCACUUUCACCAUCAGCAACGGUGGUGUGUUUGGCUCCAUGUUUGGCACGCCCAUCAUUAACCCACCGCAGUCUGCCAUCCUGGGCAUGCAUGGCAUCUUUGACAGACCUGUGGCCGUCAAUGGCAAGGUUGAGAUCCGGCCCAUGAUGUACGUGGCAUUGACGUACGAUCACCGACUCAUUGACGGCAGAGAAGCCGUCACCUUUUUACGCAAGAUCAAAGCGGUGGUGGAAGAUCCAAGAGUCCUGCUCCUGGGAAUGUGACGUUUCCGCCACUAAAUUCUUAUUUAAAGAUACUCGGCUGCAUAAAAAUGAACUCCACAUCACAGAAAACGCA